CCACAUGAUUCGAAAUCAAUUAAACUACAAAUCCUUCUAAAAGUUAAUAAAACAACAAAUAUUAAUCAAAACUAAAACAUUUUUUUCUAUAUUUUGAUGAUAAUAUUUUUAAAAAUUAAGUUAGGCAACCACACAUACACGUUACACAAUGUAUUUAAAUUUUCGUUAAGUUAAACAAGUGUAAUUUAUAAGUAGCCAAACAUAAACUAAAAAUGUUGCAAGCCGCGGUUGGUAGCCCAGCAAACCUUAAAUAUUUAAUUUCGUCACUUGUUAAACACACGCGAUCAACACAAAAGUGAACUUUUUUAUAUCGCACUGCUAGUGAUCACAAAAGCAGUGUAACAAAUGUUUACCAAACAUGUCGUGGCUUCUCCAGAACACUUUAUCAUGGUACCACAAGUUCUGCAUUCGCGUAUUAAAAUCAGGCCCAAUUCCCAAACACAUCGCCAUUAUUAUGGACGGUAAUCGGCGAUACGCCAAAAAAGAAACAUUGCCUACCACAAUGGGUCACAUAAAAGGUUUUGAAAAGUUAACGGAAACAUUGGUUUGGUGUCGAGAGCUGGGAAUCAAGGAAGUCACAGUCUACGCUUUCAGUAUAGAGAAUUUCAACCGAAGCAAUGAAGAAGUAGACGCUCUGUUUGCACUCGCAUGCGAAAAGUUUGAAAAACUCCUCGGAGAAGUAAAUGAUUUACAUGCCAAGGGAAUCUGUAUUAGAUUAAUAGGGAAUUUGGAUUUAAUACCAGAUAGACUAAAGGGACACAUUGCUAAGUCAGUUUUGCUUACCAGAAACAACACGGACGCAUUUUUGAACAUCGCAUUCGCUUACACCUCACAAGACGAAAUGACGAAUUCUUUACAGAUGAUCAAAGAAGGAAUUGCACGAAAAGAAAUUUUCACAGAGGACGUUAAUGAAGCUCUGAUAGGAAGAUGCAUGUAUAGCGGAAGAAGUUCCCGACCGGAGGUACUUAUCAGGACUUCCGGGGAGGUCCGAUUCAGUGAUUUUCUUCUCUGGCAAACAUGGAACACAAACGUGAUGUUCCGCAAGGUGUUAUGGCCGGAUUUUUCAAUCUGGGACCUUCUGGCAUGCGUGUUUCUGUACCAGGAGAACUUGAACCAUCAGAUCAGUAUAGGGAAGUUACUAAGGUGUGAUGAUUUUGAUAAUAUCCGCGAUAAUAGGGUAGAGGAGUUUGUUUCAAGAGUGGAAGACACUAGAAUGCAACAAUUGCAAGUGUAUGCAAGCAGUUAAAUAAAGCAAUAUUAUCUUGUAA